ACCAUUUAGAUAGAAGAAACCUCUUUAUCAAACCACACUCUCUCUCUCUCGCUCGCCCAGAGAGUUUCUUCCUCUGCUCCAUCUCGAUUCAGUAGAGCAAGAUUCUCUCCCGAGAUCCAAACUUUCAAUCAUGGGUUUAUCCACGAACCUCCACACCAUCAACCUCCGCUCCACUCUCUUCCCCGGCGGCCUCCGCCCAUCUCCAAACUUCAUCAAAGUCUCCUCCUUUCCAACCCCUAGGCGCGAAACCUCCGCCACAAUCAGAUCAUCCCAACUCUCCACAAUCGCCCCCGUAAAAGAGCAACAAAACGACGUCGAAUCACUCUUCUCCACCCCAACGUCCCAACAAGACUCCGACCGCAAACGAAACAACGGAAAAAACUCCUCCUCCGGCGUCUCCUCCGGCGUCAAGCUCGAGAACAUAAGCAAAACCUACAAAGGCCUCACCGUCCUCAAAGACGUCUCCUGGGAGGUGAAGCGCGGCGAGAAAGUAGGCUUAGUCGGCGUCAACGGCGCGGGCAAAACGACGCAGCUUCGAAUCAUAACGGGCCAAGAAGAGCCAGACUCGGGCCACGUGAUCAAGGCCCGGCCCAACAUGAAAGUGGCCUUUUUGAGCCAGGAGUUCGAGGUGUCGAUGAGCAGGACGGUUAAGGAGGAGUUCAUGAGCGCCUUCAAGGAGGAGAUGGAGGUUGCUGAUAAGCUCGAGAGAGUUCAGAAGGCUAUUGAGGGUUCGGUUGAUGAUUUGGAGCUCAUGGGGAGGUUGCUUGAUGAGUUUGAUUUGCUGCAGAGGAGGGCUCAGGCUGUGAGUUUGGAUAGUGUUGAUGCGAAGAUUAGUAGGCUGAUGCCGGAGCUGGGGUUUGCGGCGGAGGAUGCUGAUAGGCUUGUGGCUUCGUUUAGUGGUGGGUGGCAGAUGAGGAUGUCGCUUGGGAAGAUUCUGCUUCAGGAUCCUGAUUUGCUGCUACUCGAUGAACCUACAAACCAUUUGGAUCUCGACACCAUCGAAUGGCUCGAAGGCUAUUUGCAAAAGCAAGAGGUUCCCAUGGUCAUCAUCUCACACGACAGAGCCUUCCUCGACCAGCUCUGCACCAAAAUCGUCGAAACCGAGAUGGGUGUCUCCAGGACAUUCGAAGGCAACUACUCGCAGUACGUCAUCUCCAAAGCAGAGUGGAUCGAAACUCAGAACGCAGCUUGGGAGAAGCAGCAGAAAGAGAUCGAAUCAACUAAGGACUUAAUCGCUAGGCUCGGUGCUGGUGCAAACUCUGGCCGUGCUUCCACUGCAGAAAAGAAACUAGAGAAGCUGCAAGAGCAGGAGCUUAUAGAGAAGCCUUUCCAGAGGAAGCAGAUGAAGAUCAGGUUUCCGGAGCGUGGGACUAGUGGGAGAUCUGUAGUCACGGUUAAGAACGUUGAUUUUGGUUUUGAGGAUAAGAUGCUGUUCAAGAAGGCGAAUCUAGCGAUAGAGAGAGGAGAGAAGAUUGCUAUCAUUGGCCCCAACGGGUGUGGCAAAAGCACGUUGCUGAAGCUUAUAAUGGGUUUAGAGAAGCCAACCAAAGGUGAAGUUAUACUUGGAGAGCACAAUGUAUUACCAAACUACUUUGAACAGAACCAGGCUGAGGUUCUUGAUUUGGAUAAGACAGUUCUUGAAACGGUUUGUGAAGCUGCGGAAGACUGGAGAAGUGAUGAUGUAAAAGGUCUUCUAGGACGGUGCAACUUCAAAGCAGACAUGCUUGAUCGGAAAGUCUCUCUUUUGAGCGGUGGCGAGAAAGCGCGUCUUGCUUUCUGCAAAUUCAUGGUGACGCCUUCGAAUGUGCUUGUUUUGGAUGAACCGACCAAUCACUUGGACAUUCCUUCUAAAGAGAUGCUCGAGGAAGCGAUAAACGAGUACCAAGGCACAGUUAUUGCAGUCUCACACGACCGGUACUUCAUCAAACAGAUUGUUAACAGAGUGAUAGAAGUUGAAGAUGGUUGUUUGGAAGAUUACGCCGGAGACUACAAUUAUUACUUGGAGAAGAACCUGGAAGCUAGAGCAAAGGCGGUGGAGAGAGAAGCGGAGCUAGAAGAGAAAGCACCGAAAGUGAAGGCGAAGUCAAAGAUGUCAAAAGCAGAGAAAGAAGCGAGGAAGAAGCAGAAGAUGCAGGCGUUUCAACAGGCGAAACAGAAGUCAAAGGCCAGCAAGAACUCCAAGAGAUGGAACUGAAACACUGAAAGGAGUCUGAGAGAGAUAUAUAUUCUUAUAAGAAACAGUCUUCUUUACAUGUUUAUUUUGUGGAUUCAGUUUGUAUAGUUAGUUAUACUUUUUUUCAGUUUAAGGAACGAUUAAGAAACUUAACUGUCUCAGAUUUUGGAUUAGAGGACUGAUCACUACACA